AUGGCACUGGCACAAACAAUCCAAUCUUCGGCUCGAGAGAGGCCUGUGGUCAUAGGAUUAUACGGAGUUUCUGGCUCUGGGAAGACUACCCUGCUGAAUCAACUGAGGAGGACCCUCAAGGAUGAUUUCCUGUUUUAUGAAGGCUCACAGGUUAUCGAUGAAGUAACCCCUGGAGGCCUCGCCCAGUUCAAAGCUUGGAGCAGAGAACGACAGAUGACAUCACGGAAAGCGGCAAUUGACUCGAUCCGGAUGGCGUGCAUCCAAAGUGGAAAGGCAGCUAUUGUCUCUGGCCAUUUCAGCUUCUUCGAAGAAAAUGACGGCAAAGUUGGGCCCCCGGUGAUUACUAGAGAUGACCUCGACACAUACACACACAUCCUAUACUUGAAUGUUCCGACUGAGGUAUUAUUUGAGCGCCGUGCUUUCGACUCGACUCGGGAUCGCCCUUAUAUCAGCACAGAGGAGCUACAUAUGUGGCAGGAGAUGGAAAUAUCACAGCUUCGUCCACUUUGCCUCGAGCAUGGUAUUUUGUUCAUGUGUGUGGCACCUGGACCGGAUAUGCAGAGCAGAGUAGCGAACUUGUUACAUGAGUUCCAACUAAAUAGCAACAGCUUCAAUCUGGAGCGUGCCAAAGCAUGUUUAGACGUCAUUAUUGGUGACAAACAGCCCUUGAUAAUGCUUUUCUUGGAUGCAGAUAAGACUUUAUCAGAAAAAGAUACCGGGGCAUUGUUCUGGGAAAAGGCUGCCUCAUCGAAGGUCAAAGGUGCCUCAUUAAAGGAUAUUUUCAGCAGCAAAUUAGGGUAUUCAUAUGCUGCUUUCUGCCAGGCUGCCCUGCUCUAUGAAGAGUCAGGCAAUGACCAAGAGUUUGAUAGGAUUUGCAGCGAGGUGGCUGCAGGGGUAUCCAUGUAUCCUGAAUUUGUUUGUCUACUCCACCGUGUAGCGGAACAGGAGCAUCUUCGAGCUGUUGUCAUUACAUGUGGCAUAAAACGUGUGUGGGAGAAGGUGUUGGAGAAAGAACGGUUGUCUGGCAUCGUGAAAAUAAUUGGAAGUGGCCGGAUUGCCGAUGGCCCGGUCAUUACGGGGCGUGUGAAAGGGGAAUUGGUCAGCUAUUUGCAAAGCAAGUACCAUAUGAAGGUCUGGGCAUUUGGUGACAGUCCGCUAGACAUGGAAAUGCUGAAGCUUGCAGACAGAGGUAUCGUUGUGGUUGGGCCGGAGGCAACCAGAAGUAAGUCCAUGGAUGCUGCCUUGGUUGAGGCUAUCGAGUGCGGCGGAGUCCGCCUGAAGCAAGUUGUUUUACCUCCCACCACACCAAUGCGGCUUGAUUUCAAGAGACUUCCUUCAUUGGAUAUUACUGGCGCGGACUUCAUGGACUUUGUUCCAUUUCCUUCGCCGCCCUCCAUUCAGCUAAUUCAUGCGACGGAAAAGAAUGUAGCUAAAUUGCUAAUGACCCAAAUGCGAAAUGCAAAUGUUGCUGGUCCGCAUCUGUGCAGAGCCCAUAUGUCCGUGGGAAAGUACCUGGCAAUUGAAUUUUUGUCCGACGUUAUUGGCGUUGAAGAGUAUUCCAUUCCACAUGUUCUGGGCCAUGAGACAAAUGGUCAUCAUCUAUACCACGAAAGUCAGACGCUGAUUGUGGCGGUGAUGCGCGCAGGAGAACCUAUGGCUCGUGGAGUUUGGGAGAGCUUUCCCAAAGCAUCUUUUCUGCAUGUGAAAUCUCCAGAAGAUGUUAAGCCUCACCAUGUACAGGGGAAAGUCACCAUCAUCUUGGUUGACUCGGUGAUCAAUAGUGGCAAGACAGUAGCCGAGUUUCUAGCACGGAUCCAAAUCUUACACUCUAUCGUCCGCAUUGUGGUGGUUGCCGGGGUCGUUCAGGCAGAAUGCAUCUCCAGACGAGCCCUCACGCAAAGGCUUCGCUACGGAGCAAAGGUGACUGUCGUUGCUCUCCGGGUAUCACAGAACAAGUAUACAGGCAGCGGCUCUACCGACACCGGAAACCGUCUUUUUAAUACGACCUCCUUGCCUUGA